AUGUCUCUGCUUAACCUAUCAUGGCUGGGACUCUGGCCCGGGGCAGCCUCCCUGUGGCUGCUCCUGCUGCUGGCUGUGGCCUCCUGGCCCCUGGCCCACUUCCUGGCCCAGACCUAUACCUUCUAUGACAUCUGCCGCCGCCUCCGAUGUUUCCCGCAGCCCCCCAUGAGGAACUGGUUCUUGGGGCACCUGGGCCUGGUAUCCCCCACGGAGGAGGGUUUGAUGGAAGUGACUCGUCUGGUAGCCACCUACCCCCAGGGCUUUAAGACCUGGUUGGGCCCCAUUAACCCUAUCAUCACUCUGUGCCACCCUGACAUCAUUCAGCCUGUUGUUUAUGCCUCAGCUGCCAUCGCACCCAAGAACGCGAAAUUCUAUGGUUUCCUGAAGCCCUGGCUGGGGGAUGGGCUUCUGCUGAGUUAUGGUGACAAGUGGAGCCUCCACCGCCGCAUGCUGACACCUGCCUUCCACUUCAACAUCCUGAAGCCCUACAUGAAGAUCUUCAAUCAGAGCACGAACAUCAUGCAUGCCAAGUGGAAGCACCUGAUCUCUGGUGGCAGCACCCGUCUGGACAUGUUUGAGCACAUCAGCCUCAUGACCCUGGACAGUCUGCAAAAAUGUGUCUUCAGCUUUGACAGCCACUGCCAGGAGAAGCCCAGUGAAUAUAUUGCUGCCAUCUUGGAGCUCAGUGCCCUUGCGGUGAAACGGAACCAGCAGAUCUUAUUACACUCGGACUUCCUGUAUUACUUCACUCCCAGUGGGUGGCGCUACCGCAGGGCCUGCCGCAUGGUACAUGGCUUCACAGAUGCCGCCAUCCAGGAGCGGCGCCACACCCUCUCAGAACAGGGUGUCGAUGACUUCCUCAAGGCUAAGGCCAAGGCCAAGGCCAAGACUUUGGACUUCAUUGAUGUGCUCCUGCUGAGCAAGGAUGAAGAUGGGAAGGAGUUGUCAGAUGAGGACAUCCGAGCAGAAGCUGACACCUUCAUGUUUGAGGGCCAUGACACCACGGCCAGUGGCAUCUCCUGGGUCCUAUACAACCUUGCCAAGCACCGGGAAUACCAGGAGCGUUGCCGGCAGGAGGUGCGAGAGCUUCUGAGGGACCGCCAACUAGAGGAGAUUGAAUGGGACGACCUGACCCAGCUGCCCUUCUUGACCAUGUGCAUCAAGGAGAGUCUGCGGAUGUAUCCCUCAGUCACUGCCAUCUCGCGCUGCUGUACCCAGGACAUAGUAUUGCCAGAUGGCCGAGUCAUCCCCAAAGGUGUCAUCUGCCUCAUCAGCAUCUUUGGGACCCAUCACAACCCUUCCGUGUGGCCGAACCCUGAGGUCUAUGACCCCUUCCGCUUCGACGUACAAAACACUGAGAAGAGGUCGCCUCUGGCUUUUAUUCCUUUCUCUGCGGGUCCCAGGAACUGUAUCGGGCAGACGUUCGCCAUGACCGAGAUGAAGGUGGUCCUCGCGCUCACGCUGCUGCGCUUCCGUGUCUUGCCGGAUGACGCCGAGCCUCGGAGGAAGCCAGAGCUGAUCCUGCGCGCUGAGGGGGGGCUGUGGCUGCGGGUGGAGCCGCUGGGCGCGGGCCUGCAGUGAGCUCCACAGCCGCUUAGCUGAUCCCCAGCUCACCCACUUACCUUCACUGACUCCCAGGAAUAAAAUUCUGCUGUCACUUCUGCCUGAGUCUCCUGGGAUUCAGCAAGGGUGCUUGGAGACGGCGGGAUCCGGGGUGGGAGUGGCUGGGUGAAAAGGGA